AUUGUAAAUGCUAUCAUUAUAUGAAUGAAGUGAACGAAAACAUGGUUGUUUUUCAGAGUUCUUUUGAGUUUUUCAGUUAAAAAACAGAUUUAUUCUUGUUUAUAUAAUGAAGCAAAAUAAACAGUUAAAAACUUUCUUUUUUUGAUUUUGUAAGAAAACCAAAAUAACCUUAUUCUCAAAUAGUUGCAUCGCGAAGUGUUAUGUUAAUGGAUUUAUUGAUGGAUAUAAUCAUGAUAUUUAAGUAAUUUUAAUAAGUUAAGUGUUCAGAAUGGUUGUUGGAUCAACUUCAUAUCCAGGGAGGCAAGCGCUCCACAAGAUGCAGCCAAUGGGUAUGACACCUCGCGAGCUGUCCGAGUAUGAUGAUUUGGCAACGGCGCUCAUAGUGGACCCAUACCUUGGUUUUACAACACAUAAAAUGAAUAUUCGUUAUAGGCCUUUGAAAACGAAUAAAGAAGAAUUAAAGAACAUUAUCAAGGAGUUCAUUCAAACACAAGAUUAUAAUAAGGCAUAUUCGAAAUUAGCUAAUGGGGAGUGGAUGCCAAGGCACUUUAGUAAAAAUAAACACCAACAGAAUAAAUUAAGAGAACAUAUAUAUCGCUACUUAAGGAUAUUUGAUAAGAAAGCUGGCUUUGUUAUUGAACCUUGCUAUAGGUAUUCAAUGGAGGGGCGUGUAGGAGCUAAAAUUUCUACGACUAAGAAAUUUUACAAGCAUGAGAGAAUAGAUUUUUUAGUUGGUUGUAUAGCUGAAAUGACAGAAGAAGAAGAAAAGCAACUGUUACAUCCAGGAAAAAAUGAUUUUUCAGUAAUGUAUAGUUGCCGAAAAAAUUGUGCACAGUUGUGGUUAGGUCCUGCUGCUUACAUUAACCAUGAUUGUAGGCCCACUUGCACAUUUGAAGCAACUGAUCGAGGCAAAGCAUUUGUUAGAGUUUUGAGGGAUAUUGAAGUUGGUGAAGAGAUAACUUGUUAUUAUGGAGAAGACUUUUUUGGAAAUGGAAAUUGUUACUGUGAAUGUGAGACUUGCGAAAGAAGGGGUAAAGGUGCAUUUUCUGUUCAGAAUGCACACAAUGAUGAACAAGCUACAAGGUAUAGGUUUAGAGAAACUGACAAUAGAAUUAAUAGAACUAAAGCAAAACUUAUACAAAAAUCCAUAAAUAGUAAAAAUAAUGAAAAACCUCGAAUAGCCAGUCGACAAGUAUCUAACAUUGUAUCCCCAUUAAGUAUGAAAGAAAUGAAGCAAAAGGGUUUGACAAAGUAUGAUGCUGAACUUUUAAUUGCACAAGGCUGCAUUGCUGAUGUAGUAGAUGGUUCAGAACAAAAAGACACUCAAGGCAGUAGGGAAUCAUCUGUAUCUAGCAGAAGUGAGAGAUUGAGACGGCGUAGAGAUAGUGGUCGAGCAAUAAAUGGAACAACAGCUCACACUGCUACAUCUCAAAGUCAGAAUUCAUUUUCUCGAUGUUGUAGUAUAACUAGUUCACGCAGCAGUAAUGAUUCUCACUCUGGUAUAGUUUUAAGAAGUCAUAAACGUCUGAUAGAUACAGGAUCUCAAUCAACCUGUUCCAAAACCAGAAGCAAUUCUAAAAGCAGCACAGAGGCUAAGAUUUCAACAAAUCAUAUGGCUCCUAAAACUGAACCUGAUUUGCCUACAUUAGAAGAAAACAAGCACAUAAAAGUUGAACCUUUAGAUAAUCAAAAGAUGGAAUGUGAGACGGAAACAAAUCCUGUGAAUGUUUGCAAAGCUGAGCCUAUAGGACUAGAGAGUGAAUGUGAUACUAAGGAAUCUCUACUAGAAAAAAGUGAAGCAUGCACUCCAGUGAAAAUAGAUGAUUCUGAUGUCGGGGAAAAAGUUGAAACAAAUGACUGUAGCAAAGAUGAAGAGUGUGUUAAAAGUGAAAUGUGUGACUUUAGAGAAAAUGUUAAACCAAUUGAUUCUAAUGAUAAUAAUAGUAACAAACAUCGAAAACCGGAUGUAUUAAAUAUAAAUAGGACUGAUGAAAUAAAAAAGGAGUCAGAGUCUGGCCCUCCAUGGAUUGCAAGUAAUGCAGAUAAGAGCAGUGACUGUCCAUGUACUCCUCCACGAAGAGGUUUAAAAUUGACCCUGCGUGUGAAGAGAAGCCCAGUUGUAGAGGAAGUAAUGGAUUGUGGUAGUACAACAGAACAGCCUGAAUAUGAAGUAUUGCGACUGGAGGGUGUUGACCCAGAAACGGCGCGGCGAAUUAAGAAACGACGUCGGUCCAAAGAACGACAUCGUAAACAUAGUCCUAUCCGUCCUCUGCCUCCUAUGAAACGCUUAAGGUUAAUAUUUGGAAAUGAAAGUCGUACUAUUGACUUACCCACUGCCAUCACGGCAGACUGACAGCCUCAACUACCUUAUUGUUAUAUUUCCACCGCUUUAUAUUCAAUUAUUAGUUUAAUUAUCUCAACUGACUAGGAUUAUGUUACAUAGUAUUUAUUUAAUGUGAGGUUUGGACUCAAAUGUGUGAUAGGCAUUAUUUAUUAUUAUUUUAAUUCCAUAAAAUAUGUUACUGAUAAAAUCAUCACUCAUUGACACAAAAUUUUUAUGCAACAGCAUGUAUUUGAAAAUAUGUUGAAGUUGUUAUUACAAAUUAUAAUCCUUUAUUUUGAGUGUAGCUAUGAUUGUCACUUAAGUCCUAGUUGUGAAAUGGCUGGCCAUAGACCACAGAGCUGUUAAGAUGAUACUUUAUAUUCCAUCAACUAAGAAGUUACAAAUAACCAGUUUUCUAUUGUAUUACUCAUUCACUUCAUUCCAUAAACACAUACAUUAUAGUAACAUUUUUCUGAAUGUUAUGAUCAAAUUAAAUAUUUGUAGUGGAUUAGAUCAUGUAAAUUAAAGUAUUUUGUAUAAAAUAAUGUUAAUGAAUGCAACUUAGCAUUGUAAAAUUGUCGGAAUUACUUCUUUUCAAUUAGGUCCUGGUUUAUUCUCCAUACUGAUCAAAUAAAUAAUUAGUGUUUCUUUCUUAUAUAAGACACCAGUGCAGGGUAUAUAAAUGUGUACAUAUAUGUAUAGUUAUUGUUUUAUUUAAAAAUUAACAUAUUUGGACAUUAGCUGAAUAUUUUAUUAUAAUGACAUUUUAAACUCACAAAAUUGGAUGUUGUGAUGGUUGAUUGUUAAAGAGUUAUUUUAGUAUCUAGAUUUUGAAGUGACCAGGACCAAAUAAUUUGUUUGUCGCAAAUCAAAAAUUUUAAUAUCUUGUAAUUCCGACCGUAAAUGUAAAUAAUGAAUAGCAAACUGCAUUAUAAAUAAAUGUUCAAGUAAAUGGUGCGCUAGGAAAAAAUAAGCAACUUCACUGAAUCCAUAGCACCAAGUUUAAAAGUAUGUAGUUAUUUUUAAAUGACAUUGUUCGUUUUUUUAUAGAUCAUUCCAAUAACAAAGCUAUAUUUGCAGAUCAUAGAACAUCUCAAACACUUCACGAUUUAUGUUUAAUAACUGACUGACAACUUAUAUUGAUUUUAACUUUAAAGCAAUUAAAUGACUAUAAUUAUGUCAAUAAGUUGGAUUGGUAACAAAUAUUAUAAAUGUUGCCUUUGUGGACAAUAUUUGUUUUAUAUAUGAAAUUAAUUUGACACUGAAAAAUUCGUAAACAACAUAUUUUAGAACGGCUCUUGACUAUUUAUGGCGUAUUAGUUCAAAUUAUUUAAUAAGUUCUUUGUACACAUUUGACUUGACUGUUUGCGAUGGCUCAGUAAUCUAAUCAAUAUUUUCCUCUCGAUACGUCUUUGUCGCAUUCAGCUUAAUCACGCGCUGUAUGCUAAGUAUACUUGCCAAUUGAUGUAAUAACACUUAAAUACUAUUUCAUCUUAUCGGUGUUAUAAGAACACUUGACUUGUCAGUGAUGCUGGACUCGUUAACAAUCUUUGAAGCUGCUAUGCAUUUCCUGGCAAAGCAAACAUUUUAUACAUCUUAUCUGUCAGCUUCAGUAAUUGUACAAAUUUUUACGUUUUAUUGAGUUUUAAGAUUGUCUUAAUGUUGAUAUAACUAUCACAUUACAGAGAAAAGCUCCUGUAAGGGUGGGUAUCUUUUAUCAAGAAAAAUAAUUUAGAAAGGCCGCAAAUAUAACUUCCUCUUUUAUUACAUAAUGUUUCUGUUGAUUUAAUAAAAUAGAUGAUUUUAAAACUCCUGUGAUGCGCAUCAUUUACAAUAAAAUUUAAUUGUUGGCAAUGUAUAAAUGUAAAUUCUAUUAGCUAGUGGUAAACUUAAAUGGAAUUAGCUUUUGUGAUAUUCCCUAAAGGAAUAGAAUAAUUAUAUAAGAAAUCAAUUGUAAUCAAUUGCUACUUGGCAACAGGAGAGCAAUUAUUUUAUAGGACAUUACUUUCAUUAAUAUGUAAUUAAAUGCCUCAAAUCCCAAUGUAUUGUGAUUUUUUUUUCGGAUGGAAUGGCAAUAGUAUUAAGUGUUUACAUUCAACUGCCUUAACUGUGAUUUUCAUCAAUAAAAAGU